GGUCCACCUACAUGCCCCGGUGACUCUACUGGAAAUGAAUAUAUAGACUGUGAUCAACCUCCUUGUUACGAUUGUUCCGUCCUGGGCCACUUGGAGCCAAUGGAAGUACGGAUCAUGUAGUAAAACAUGUGGUACAGGAGUCGUUAUCAAAACUCGUACGAGAACACACGCGUCUGGAAACAUUGGUGGUGAACAUGUGUGUCCGGGAAAUAGUAUUGAAUCAUAUUCAGUGUUGUGUAACACCAAGAUUUGUCACUAUUGUACAUGGGGUGAGUGGAGCAAAUGGUCAUACAGUGGAGAUUGUAGUAAGACCUGUGGUACGGGUGUUGUGCUGAAAACUCGGAAGAGAACCCACGCAUCUGUAACAAACGGAGGAACAUACAUGUGUAAAGGGGGUGCUAUUGAAAAGAAAUAUGUAGAUUGUCUUGUCCAUGACUGUGAUUGCGGAAAAUGGGGAUCGUGGACAGAGUGGGAAUACGGCCCGUGUACAGCUAUCAUUGUUGUCAAUACAGGCGUCGUUAGAGGCAAACCAUGCGCAGUAACAGGAAUGCAGUCGUGUACUAGAACCAGGAGCUGCCCAGCGUGUAAAACGGGCCAUUUAUACAAACGUAAUAACAAUGCUGGUCCAGUCGAUGUUCGCAAAAGAACAUAUGGUGAAAUAAUCAAAUCACCAAUUUGCAUUGGUGAAUCAGUGCAAGGAAAGACGCUGCAAUGCUGCAAGAUAAGAUACCAACAUUGUGUAUGGAGUACUUGGAGUGCUUGGUCAUACGGGACGUGUUCGAGAUCGUGCAGUAUCGGAAGUGUCGCUAAACAUCGAACAAGGAGCAAGCAACUGAUGGCCAGCGAUGAUCCAGACGGACCGCAGACGUGCAAAGGGAGUCACAUGGAACAAAACAUUGAUAUAUGCAAUACGCAGGAGUGUCUGAGCAAAGAUUGUGUAACAUGGGGUGAAUGGACGCCAUGGGAAUAUGGCGAAUGUUACGGUUCACAGCUUGCAUAUCCGGGGAGCUCACCACCAUGUCGAAUUCUGGGCUUGAGGCAGUGUCAUCGAACACGAGUCUGCCCCUCAUGUAAACAUUUCGGUAAAAGAGACACACCGAGGAGUGUACAAAGACGAACUUAUGGAAGUGAAAUCCAACCAGGACGUUGUGUUGGUCAAACCAUCGAGUAUAAGUCAGAUAAGUGCUGUAAAGGACACAUAGAUGAGGGACAAUGGCAGCCAUGGACAAGUUGGGCAUGCACUGCCGAUUGCUCUGCUUUACCCUCUGCUGGGGGAAGAAGGAAGAGAGACGACAGAAUGGCAGGAGACAUUCCUUUCUCCAAAGAAUGCUUGGAGUACGGUAUCCAUGCAUGCAUUCGCAUAAGAAAGUGUGCAACAAGAACUUGCGAAGGGAACGAGCACGAAGUAAAACAUGUGAGAUGUUGCGUCAAAUAUGUUCCUAAACCUCGCUGUGACAAGUGGAGCAGUUGGAGCGCCUGGUCAUGUCCGGCAACUUGUACAAAACUUGUAUUUCCUAAAAUUCGAAGAAGAUCUGCCUUUGAGACCAUAAUAUGCAGCCAUGAUUAUGGCACUAAACUUUGUGAGCGGAGAAGAGUUUGUCCCCCGUGUAUAAUUGACAAUGUUCCGACUUUGGGAAGCUGUGACGGCAACAAAAGGGAAACGGAUAUAAAUCUUUGUUGUUUGCCUAAGCCGACUACCAGACCCUCAGCUCCGCCUUCUACGACUUCAAAACCAACCACACCUAUGUCACCACAGUCGUGUGUGGGAUCAUGGUCUAAAUGGCAAACUCCACAGUGUGUAUCAAAAUGCACCCUUUUCAAAACGGAAUCCUCCAAAAGAAAGCGAGACCUCAUGUCUUUGGAUGAGGAUUUCGUGAAGCGUUCGGGAGUGUCCUGUCAAAUUGGUUUUUACAUGUGUAUGUACAAACGACUAUGUCAGCCGUGUAUAUUGGGAGGCAAGUUUGUGGAAGCUGAUUGCCCAGGGAGAAGUGAGAAUGUCACUACAAAGUUGUGCUGUGUUAUAGCACCUGCUGUUGAAGACGGGCCACCUAUUGGACCAAACAGGCCAUUCCCGGAUGAGGGAUAACGUAACAGGUGAAAUUGGUGCAGCCUGAAAAUAAUCGAUGAUACCGACCAAACCGGACGAAAUGUGUGAACUGUAAAUAACUUUAAAUUAUACAAUUAUAUAAAGG